UCUGAUUGCUUGUCAAAAAGUUUGGUUUCCCGAAGCGAGUGUUUGUAGAAAUUAUUAUUUUAAAUGUAUCCGUAAAUAAAAUUAUCUUGCAAUAAUGGCUCAGAAUUUAGUAUUUAUAUCAGUGAUAGCUGUGCUAUCAUUAGGUGUCGCUACAGUUGUCGCUGAUUGUAUGAUACCAUUAGUGCUGAGGAAUACGUGGUUUUCCUUUGAAAAUGGCAAGCAAACAAUUACAGAUAUCAAUGCAAGUGAAAUGACUGGAAGGGGUGUAUGUGUGGAUAUUAAGGCUGAAUACAGGGUGAACUAUACAAUGGUAUUUUCGUACACAAAAUGUUAUUACUGUGUCAAGCUAAUUGUGAGGACAGUAAAUGUUUUGGAGAAGAUUGAGUCCCCAUGUGUGAAUUUGGGGCCUGAUGAGCAACCCACUGUUGAUAGAGUCUGCCGUGGCCUUAACCCUGAUCAGCAAGGAUUGAUCACAUUAUUCUCUGAAAACUAUGUUCCUGUCAAUUGCCGUUCAUCACUUGAAGGUGUAUGGCAGUUUGCGUAUCAGAACAGAUUCCGAUUUACAGGAGAAUGUAACCACCCUGAUGCACAGAUUAAAUCUUGCCAAACAGCUGGUACACAGUUCUUGAUAACCAACCAGAAGUUCAAUAUUACAUACAGGAAAUGUGCUGGAAUGUCCAAUACUUUUGAUGGUGUAGUUGAGUACAGUUGCUUAGGUCAUUGGUUUGUGAACAAAAAUCAUUUCUUUGCUGUUGCGAACACAAAGGAAUCUCGAAAAGAUGAGAGGUACCGCUGUUUCCUCAAGAACAGAGAUGAUGAUCUAUAUAUAGGAGCCUCUAUUACACCAGAAUGUAAUACUUUAAAGACUGUUGAAAAGUCACCUGAAAGAUACAGAGUUACACCUGUCAAGGCUGAAGUGGUAGAACCAGGUUGUCGCCUGCCACAAAACUUCUCUGGAGAAUGGAUCAAUACUGCCAAUAUUGAUGCAGAUGUAUUUAUCAAUGAAACACACAUUAUAGAAACUUACUACCCUGAUGAAGGCAGAUUUAGAAGAACUAUUUAUGUGUGCAGGGAGCAGCGUGACAGUAGAGUGAUGAUGGCUAGACUCACAGUUGAUGGUUGCCAAAAGGAUUAUGUGUGCUUUGAUUUUGUACCACAACAUCAUAAUAUUAUAAGAUACCGAAAAGGUUUAGCCAUGAUCCAAAGUAACUUCCAUACAGUAUGCUCAUGGGUUCAGUUCCCCAAUAAGCAAGAAUGGCGUUACGAUAUAUUCCUCAAAAAAGAUCCAUCGCCAAUUCGAUGCCCAGUCGCAGGCAAAUUCAAUUUCACACAAAGAGGCGACGUAAGAUUUGAAACAAGGAUUUUGGGAGGUGUUACUUUAAGUCCGAGACCAAACUUGUACUGCAAGCUGAAUAUCAGUGAUUUUUCAGUUUGUGAUAUUGAUCAGAAAACUAUACAGAUUAAGGAGAACUAUUGUUUGUCAGUAGACUACUUGGGUAGACCUGUCGAUAUCUACAGUGAUCCUGACUACAGGAUGAAAUGCAUAGGAUUUUGGAAGGAGAAUUUGAAAUCUUAUUUAAUUACCUAUGAUGAGCUGGACCCAUUUUCAAAGUACAGAUGUUGGGUUUAUCAGCGGGCUGAUCUAAACAGAGUACUUAUGUCUCAAGCUUUAGGCCCGUAUUGUGACUUGAAGCAAGAUGUGACGUCAUGGAACUACACCGAAGGCGCAGCUGUCGCCAUUGAGAUGGAAGAGUAUGAGCGAGAGCGCGACCAGUGUCCCAUGCAUUUCGACGAUGGCAGCGAUCCUUGGUCUACAAAAGAAAACUUUAUCAAAGUGUUUAGUUUCUCUUUUUGGGGUAAUAAUUCUGCACAAACGAUGAUAGUUAACUCCGCUGUAAUAUUUGUAGUAGCUUUAUUUACAUUAAUACUGUAAUUAAUAAGUACAUAGACUGAUGUAGAUUACAAAUAGGUUGUCUGUUGUCUUGACCUCAUUUUCAUGUGAAGAGAUGAUCUGUUGUUUUGAUCUGAUCUGGUAGGAAAACUACUUAAACCUUUUUUUAUAUUUUAUAUUCUUAAUUCUAUUGUUAAAGAGACCAGCUAUAUUUUUUAUUAUUCAGUUGCGUUGUAUAGGACAGUGAAUACCGUAAUUCCGUCCAAUUUUGAUCAUUCCAGUGUUGUUUUUUUUUUUUACUUUUUGAUAAAUAAUGAUGAAUCUCAAAAGAAUCAAUGUGCCUUAUACACGGUGUUGUACCUUAAUGUUUUUGCUAAUCACUGUUACUAACUGUAAGUAUGUGAUUGUAAUUUCGAAUUCUUGUAGUAAUGUUAGUUUUUGAUAUUUACAUCAUCUUGAAAGAUUUAAAAUUAAUCACAGUGCUAUUUUAUAAAGUAGGUAUCAUGUUUCUCAUGUCUACAAAUACUUUUGAUUGUCUGAGUUCUGUAGUACCUAAUACUAUUUGUAUUUAGUGCCUUAAGAAUAACCAUAUGUAUGUA